CACCCUUGCCAGCUUCAACUCCGUCAUUUCGAGCAUCAAACCAUGUUCGACGAUGCCUGGUUUGUCUUCAAGGACUACCUUGUAUGGUGCAAGCGACGCACGGCGCUGCUGUUCUACAGCUCCGUGUUUUGGUGCAUGGUCCCUUUCAUGUUCGGGAAGGCCAUGAUCCAUCACGCUCGUGGGAAGGGCUGGUUCGCGGACCCCCGAGGCAAGCCGCCCCUGCUCACGUACGGCAGAGACCUGGUGGAGUUCGCGAUGAAGUUCACGCUUCUGCGAUCGAAGCCCGCCACAGACCUCGCCUACGAGGCUACGAAGAGCGUGGCCAUUUCGACGCAGGGCGACGGGAUCAUGGUGAAGAUGACGGACGAUUAUAUGGAGUUCCAGCCAAAGGAGGGGAAAGGAGACGGGAAAGUCGGGGUGAUCAUUGUUCCUGGGGGCUUGGUGUCCCCCUUCGCGUAUUCCAUCCUGGCUCGCUCUUUGGCGCAGCGAGGCUACCCGACCUUUGUCCUGCGGCUACCCUUCAACCUAGCUUUUUACGGCUGGACAACAAGUGGCAAGAUCAUCAAACGCACACAGACGGAGGACGCUCCCAAACCUCCGACCAAAUGGGUGCUGGUCGGCCACUCCAUGGGCACGUUGGGCGUCGAGUUGUUCACAGAAGCCAGGCCGGAGUGCGUGAACGGUGUGGUGUACAUGGGCGGCGGGAACAAGCCCACGGGGAAGAUCGCCAACCUUGACUUGCCGUCGCUCGUCAUACGGGGAUCGCGCGACCCUUUCACUCCGGAAAAGGACAUGCAGAAGGCGGUGGACAAGUGGCCCAAGGGCACCGAGACCUGCAUCGUGGAAGGUGGAAACCACCGAGGUUUCGCGUCGUACGGCCGACAGCCGCUCGACUGGGAGGCGACCAUCUCCCCGGACGAGCAGAUGCGAAUCGUGCUGGAAGCGCUCACAGAGUUCAUCGAACGCAAGGUAGCAUGAAGUCACCCACGGGGUGCACCCCAAGGAGGACGCGUCAUGGACCUACAUAAUAGUGCCCUGAAGUACCUCCGGCCUUGCGGGCGACUGUUGGUUUGUUUCGGCACGCUAGUCUAACGUUUGUGGUACAGUAGUGAGAGGGAUUGUGUGUGACAGAAUGUGAAGCGCUCUCGCAGAAAGAAAUACCGCAUACUUGUCUAACAUGGGGCGAACAACGAAAGUUUUGUUGGCGCAUCGUGCUGGGGUUAGCCCGUGAUCUCUCUUGAGCUGGCGGGCAGUAUUGUAUGCUAGUGGAUCAAGAUACCUGUAGACGACCAUUUGAUUGGUCGACGGUGGGAGCGUGGCACAUGUUGAGCAGUGUUGGCGUCAAGUAGAUAUCAUCAUGGUCUUUCUUCGGCGCGCGCUGGAAAGCGGUGUCGGUGUCGGGCGGUCUAAUUCGGACCAUGAAUUAAUUGUAACUUAUUUCUCUGUUC